AUGACCGAAGCACCAACAUACAAGAGUUUUGUACGGGAUGUGGAAGUAGACUUUAGCCCGAAGACCAUUAUGAAGGUCUUAGGACUAAGGCCAGCAUAUUUUGAUGAGCCAGGGUACCAACAAAGAAUAAACGAGAACCCAGAUUAUGAUGAAAUCUCUAGUGAUAUCUGUGUGAUUAAUACUGACUGGGAGAGAGACAAUGAAGGAGGGCACAAGUACCUAAAAAGGGGAGAUCUCACUCCUGAAGCAAAGUGUUGGUAUGAACAUAUAAAGAAAUCAAUUCUGGGCACAGUAAACACCUCAAAAGUUAACAAGCAAAGGGCUGUCAUGCUACACUGUAUAAUAGUGGGAGGAGAUGUAAAGGUUCAUGAGAUCAUUGCAAAUGAUAUUCAAAAGAUCUUAGAGAAAAAUUCUGCUGAAUCCUGGCUAUAUUACCCCAGCACUAUCAUGCGAUUAUGCAUGAAGGCCAGAGUGCUACUGGAGGAUACAAACCCAACCUGGCUGCAUCCAGGCAUGCCUAUGAACCUCGAAAGGAUGAUGAAUGUCACGGAGGCACAACAAAGUCAAAGACCACACAUGAGGAGAAGGAGAGAAGAACCACAGGAGGAAGAAGAACAACAAGAAGAACAAGAAGAGGAGCAACAAUUCCAACCACAAAACAACAUGGACAUGGGGCUGAUGCAAGAAGCAAUUGAAAAGCUAUCCGAACAGUACAUGAGAGUUCAAGAGAAGCAAGAAGAAUUCCAUUCACAGUACAUGAGAGCUCAACAAAGACAAGAGGAGCUUCAGUUGAGAAUGAUGAGUCAACUGAGAGAUUAUGAGUCAAGAUCUUUAGUUAUGCAAAGGGAACAAGCUUCACAAUUUCAAUGA